AUGGCGGGCGGUGCCGUGAUCCAGGACUCUGGAGAUGUGAGCCGGGUCGAGGCUCCGGUUACUCUCAAGGCCUACCUUAUGUGCGCCUUCGCCGCCUUCGGUGGUAUCUUCUUCGGAUAUGACAGCGGUUACAUUAACGGUGUCAUGGCUAUGCCUUACUUCAUCAACCAGAUCGAGGGUCCCAAUGCCACCGAACUCACGGGCGACCACAAGUCUCUCAUCACUUCCAUCCUGUCUGCCGGUACCUUCUUCGGUGCUCUUAUCGCUGGUGACCUUGCCGAUUGGUCUGGUCGACGUACUACUAUCAUUGGUGGAUGCAUUGUCUUCCUUGUCGGUGUUGCUCUUCAGACUGCCUCGGCUGGUCUCGCCCUUAUCGUCGCGGGUCGUCUCGUUGCUGGUUUCGGUGUCGGUGCCGUUUCCGCCAUCCUGAUCCUGUACAUGUCCGAGAUCGCCCCUCGCAAGGUCCGUGGCGCCCUCGUCUCCGGUUACCAGUUCUGCGUGACCAUCGGUCUGCUCCUCGCUUCGGCCGUCGACUACGGUACCCAGCACCGAAACGACAGCGGCUCCUACCGCAUCCCCAUCGCUCUCCAGAUGCUUUGGGCCCUCAUCCUCGCCAUCGGCCUGUUCUUGCUCCCCGAAUCCCCCCGAUACUUCGUGAAGAAGGGCAAGCUCGACCAGGCUGCCAACGUGCUCGCGCGUCUCCGUGGCCACCCCGUCGAGGGCGACUAUAUCCAGGACGAGCUCGCCGAGAUCAUCGCGAACCACGAGUACGAGAUGUCGGUUGCGCCCGCGGGAGGAUACUGGAGCACCUGGAUGAACUGCUUCCGGGGCUCGCUGAGCAAGAGCAGCAGCAACCUCCGCCGCACGAUCCUGGGAACUUCGCUGCAGAUGAUGCAGCAGUGGACCGGUGUCAACUUCGUCUUCUACUACGGCACCCAGUUCUUCAAGCAGCUCAACGUCAUCAAGAACCCGUUCCUGAUCUCCCUCAUCACCACCCUUGUCAACGUCUUCUCGACCCCGAUCUCCUUCUGGAGCAUGGAGAAGGUCGGCCGUCGCCCCCUUCUCCUCUGGGGUGCUCUCGGCAUGGUUAUCUGCCAGUUCAUCGUCGCCAUCCUGGGCACUGUCACUGAUUCCGACCCCGCCGUUAAGACUAUGAUCGCUUUCAUCUGCAUCUACAUUUUCUUCUUCGCCAGCACGUGGGGCCCUGGAGCCUGGGUUGUUAUCGGCGAGAUCUACCCGCUACCCAUGCGAGCCCGGGGUGUCGCGCUCUCGACGGCCAGCAACUGGCUAUGGAACUGCAUCAUCGCGGUGAUCACGCCGUACAUGGUGGACGCGGACAAGGCUAACCUGGGACCCAAGGUGUUUUACGUGUGGGGCGGCCUGUGCACGCUCUGCUUCAUCUACGCCUACUUCCUGAUCCCCGAGACCAAGGGCCUGACCCUCGAGCAGGUCGACCGCAUGCUGGAGGAGACGACGCCCCGGACCUCCGCCAAGUGGGUGCCGCACUCCACGUACGCCGCCGAAAUGGGCUUCACUGACAAGGCCGCCGUGACCAACGUCGAGCACGCCUCCAAGGAGGAGAAGUUGAACGUUUAA